CAGCUCCGCGUUUCCUCCCGCAGUGUUCGGGAUGGUGCCUUUCCUCAACUCCAUCCUGGGGACCAUGCUGCCCAUGCUGGGGAUGGCCAAGCAGGACCACAUGAAGUCUGUCUUCUGCUACGCCCUGCAGCACUUCAGUGAGAGCAUCCAGGAGUACGUGGCCAACCUGGACCAGGCCCCCGACCCCACGGUCAGGAAGGACACCUUCUGCAACGAGAUCUUCAGCGCCUACGAGGUGCUCUUCAACAGCUGGCUGCAGCACCGGGAGCCCAAGCUCCGGCUGGCAGUGGUGGAGGCUCUGGGAGCCAUGAGCUACCUGAUGCCCGGCGAGAAGCUGGAGGAGCAGCUCCCAAAGCUGAUCCCGGCCGUCCUGUCCCUCUACAAGAAGCACACGGAGUCCUUCUACAUCUCCAAGAGCCUCUGUCAGAUCCUGGAAGCUUCUGUGGACAUCGGCAGCCGCAGCCUGGAUAUGCAGCUGGAUGCUCUGCUGGGCACCCUGCACCCCCAG